CAUUUACUUUAUAGAUAUUCCGUUUAGACCACGUGACGAUUUAACUGUCAUGUUACUGUUAAUCGGAGGGAGCAAGGACUGAAAUGGCGAGUGGCCAAAGAGCGUUUGCCCAGAAAUUAGUAAAGCAGCCAAGUGCUGAUGUAAGAAGACAGGUUGCUACAAGUUCUACAAGUCGAGAUGUCUCCAGAAAUGUGGGUAGUGCAACACAAAACAGUAUUCCAUUAUGUGAUGUUGUUGAUCCAUUGGAUUUUGAAGACUUCUUGAAUCAACAUCAGGAUCAAGCAGACCGUGAUCCUAUUCAUCAUUUAUUAGAAUUUCCACCUGAUGAUAUUGAAGUGGGUAUAGUUCCAAGAAAAAUUCGUACUGUAGGACCAAUAGUACCUGAAAAUGAAGAUGGUUCUGAUCUUGAUCCUUAUGUGGGAGAUUGUGUGCGUUGUUAUACUUCUGAUUGGGUUGUUGUAAAUAGAAGGUAUCAGCAAUAUAGUUCUAGUUGUUGCAUUCGAGAUAGAUGCUUAGAAAAGGGAACUAUUGUUAGAUCAACACCAAAACAGGAAUUUGAAAUAGAUCUUGAAGAAGAUAAUCAAAGUCAUAAAGAUGAUGAACAGAUUUCCAUUCAGCCUCCAUUAGCUGAAGAUGAAGAUACUUCCGAUUCAUCAACUCCUCCAUCCAAUCGACAAUCACUUCAUUUAAAUGAUACUCCCAGGGGUAGUUGGGCAAGCAGCGUAUUUGAUCUUCGAAAUUCUCAAGCAGAUCAAUUAAUCCCUUCCUUGUUAGAUCAUAUUCCUGCUGAAGAAUUAGAUAGAACAAAUGCAACUCAUAGAUUAGAAAAUAGACAAGAUGCAAUAUUUGCUUUAUAUCCAAGUCAGGAUGAGGAAGAAAUAAUUGAAAGAAGAAUACCUGCAUUAAUACCAAAAGAACAUAUUGGACAUAGAUUAUUAGUGAAAUGUCUUGCAUUAAAAUUAGAACUGGACAUUGAACCUUUGUUUGGCAUUAUGGCUCUGUAUGAUGCUAAGGAAAAGAAAAAGGUGUCAGAAAAUUUUUAUUUUGAUAUGAAUCCAGAACCUUUAAAAAGAAUGCUGUCAAGUCAUAUUUCUUAUCAAGAUAUAACUACUCUUAGUAGAUCAUGUGUUUUUAAUAUCACUUAUCCUUCUCAGGAUUUGUUUUUAGUUAUAAAGCUGGAAAAAGUGUUACAAGGUGAUAUUAAUGAAUGUGCAGAACCCUAUAUCAAAGAUGAUAAAAAUCGUGAUAAAGUGAAAGCAAAUGCUGCAGCUACAUGUGAUAGACUUGGAAAUUAUAGAAUGCCAUUUGCUUGGACUGCUAUUUAUUUAUUGAACAUCAUUAAUGGAGUGAAUAAUAUGGAAAGAGAUCCUUCUACAGAUAAAGAAACAAAUAAUGCUAAUAGUCUUGAUCGGAAGACUGGAAAUAAUACUUUUGAAACAUUUCGAAAAAAAUCAAUGGAUACAGGGUCAUUGGGUCGUCGAGGUUCUCUUGAGAGGAAAAGUGGUACUGAAAAAAGACGUAGUUGGUCACCUGAUGAUUUGGGAGCAGGACUUGAUAAUUUUCGUCCAGUAAUGCUAACUGUCAAUAGUUUUUUUAAACAGGAAAAUGAUAGACUGAGAGAUGAAGAUUUAUACAAGUUUUUAGCUGAUCUGAAACGGCCGCAAUCAGUUCAUAAACGUUUAAAAUGUAUACCAGGUAGCUUGAAACUUGAUAUAUCACCAUGUCCUGAUGAAGUUAAAUAUUGUUUAACCCCAGAACUUGUUCAUCUUCAUCCAUAUCCAGAUGAUAAAGGUCGUCCUACAAAGGAAAUAUUAGAAUUUCCUUCAAAAGAAGUCUUUGUGCCACAUUAUACAUAUCGUAAUCUCAUGUAUGUUUAUCCAAAAGAUCUAAAUUUUGCAAAUCGUCCAGGAUCUGCUCGAAAUAUUGCAUGCAAAGUUCAAUUUAUGGCAGGUGAAGAAGAAACAAGUUGUUUGCCAGUAAUAUUUGGAAGAUCUAGUUGUCCAGAAUAUUGUUCAGAAGUUUAUACUGCUGUAACUUAUCAUAAUAAAUGUCCAGAUUUUUAUGAUGAAAUAAAAAUUAAAUUACCAGCUCAUCUUAAUGAUCAGCAUCAUCUUUUAUUUACUUUUUAUCAUAUAAGUUGUCAAAGAAAAAUUGAACAAACUCCUAUAGAAACACCAAUUGGUUAUACGUGGCUUCCACUAUACAGAGAGGGACAAUUACAAACAGGAGAACAUUGUUUGCCUGUACUCAUGGAAAAACCUCCUCCAAGUUACACUUUUCUUACUCCAUCUAUUCAAAUACCAAAUAUGAAAUGGGUUGAUAAUCAUAAAGGAGUGUUUACUGUUGUAGUUGAAGCUGUAUCAUCUGUUUUUACAUUGGAUCCUUUUCUGGAUAAAUUUUUAUAUUUAUGUACCAUGAUUGACAAAGGAAAUGUCCCUCGUGUUGAAGAAGUUACAAUUGAACAUGAACUAAAGACAAGUAUUUUGGAAAUAACAGAAGCAAAAUUAGAGCCUCUUGUCAAGUUUUUACCAUUGUUGAUGGAUAAAUUAAUUCGAUUACUUGUUCGACCUCCUGUUGUGGCUGGCCAAGUUAUGAACAUUGGUCAGACAGCAUUUGAAGCCAUGGCUAUGAUUGUUUGUAAUAUUACGAAUCUUUUAGAAAUACAGAAUGAUCAACAUGGAAGAAAUAGUUUAUUAGCCACAUAUGUUCAUUAUCAGUGUACCUUGCCACAUCCUGAUGCUUAUUCUAUUAGUUCGCCAAGUAAUAACUGUACGUCAUAUGCAUUUGGUACAGACUAUAGUACAUUGGGAAGGCCAAUAUCAAUGCCAGUUCAAAGGUCAUAUUACGGACGAAGUAACAGUAAUCCAGAUAUUAUGACUUAUGUUGAUGCAGACGGUGAAGUUAGUGGAAUUAUGAAUAGAGGUCUUGAUCGAACUUCUAGUAUGAGAACAGCAAGUGGUCAGGAUGGUACAUUAUAUUUAAUAACAAAAUCACAUACACGUAAAAUAGUUCAUGAGGAAUUAGCAUUGCAAUGGGUGGUAUCAAGUGGUGCUGCAAGAGAACUUGCUCUCACAAAUGCUUGGUUUUUCUUUGAAUUAAUGAUAAAAAGUAUGUGUGAGCAUUUAGCAACAACAGGCAGAUUAGAUGUGCCCAGAAAAAUGAGAUUUAAUGAACAAUUUUCAGAUGAUCUUACAACACUGGUAAGAUUCUUUCCCAGAUAUAUAUAAUAAAUUAAUACUAAUAUUUUUAUUAAAGUAAAUUUUAUUUAACAAAACUAAUGGAAUAAAUUAAAAUUUAUCUGUUGCUAUAUUAUAGUAUUUGAUUUAUAUAACUAUAAAGGUUAUCUUAUGUAAGCAUUUAUCACACUAAGUGACUGAUCUAACACAUUUUACAAAUCCUUUAAAUUGUAUAGCACAAUAAAUAACUUUUAAAAUGUGUUAGAUUGGAUACUUGGUGUGAUAAACCCUUAUGUAAGAUAACAUUUGCAGUUAUA